AUGAAAUUAGCUGUUGGGUGUGGGUCUUUUUUCAUUCGCUUCAAUCACUCGUACCUUACGCCAGCAAAGCAUGCUUCGCUUAUACGCCGUAUAAGCGGCAAGAAAAGCAUCUCUGCAACCAGUAGAGACUACUCUACUGGUCCUCUUUUCGGGAACCACAACAACACGUUUCGUACGACAACAAGACAGGGUGCCUACGGAAGUACAGAGGUUCUGAACCAAGACCUCAUCUCGGACAAGUUUCCUCGCGUGAAACUGGCGUUUGAAGUGGUUUCAGAGCAUACUUCAACGUAUUUUCCAAAAGCGCCGAUUAUCAUUUUGCACGGUCUGUUUGGUAACAGAGCUAACAACAGGACUAUUGCCCGGCAAUUGAAUGAGCGGCUCGAGCGCGAUGUGUAUUUGCCGGAUUUACGCAACCAUGGUCUGUCACCGCAUAUUGGACGCCACGACUACCCGUCAAUGGCGGCAGAUGUGGAGAUGUUCAUCGAAGACCAGAAAUUUGAGCAUGCACCUAUCAUCGUAGGUCAUUCAAUGGGUGCGAAAGUGGCCAUGAGUGUGGUCCUACGCAAGCCCGAUCUUUGUUCCAUGCUGGUGAGUAUUGAUAAUGCCCCAGUUGCCACGAUGCCCACGAUGUCAUUUCCACGCUAUGUGAAAAAGUUACAAGAGAUUGUUGAAAACCCUAAGAUCCAGACAUUUGGCGAAGCUGAAAAGUCUCUGCGCGACGUGGAAAACUCGCCUGUAAUUCGUCAAUUUUUGCUUACCAUUUUGCAAAGAACAAAGGAUGAGAACGAACCUGGACGAUACCGGUUUAAGGCAAGGAUCCCGCUGGGCAUUUUGAACGACGCCAUCGUGAAGGGAAAUAUAGCCAAUUGGGAAUUCAAUCCAUGGGUACACCAAUACACUUGUCCGUCGCUUUUCAUUCGCGGCACGCGGUCGCACUAUAUUUCUGACGAGUCGCUGCAGGACGUGGGCCGGUUUUUCCCGCGGUUUGAAGUGCGAGAUAUUGAUGCUACACAUUGGGUCAAUACAGAAAAGCCUCAAGAGUGUAGUGACCUGAUUGCAGACUUUGUGGAGAGGAACGAAGAUCUGUGA